CGGUACACCCAUUCUUUUCACGUAGCUGUAAUUGAGAAUACAGACUCCAGAGUACGCAGGAUGCGUAAGAAUCGGACGUAAACUGCGUGCUGGAUGGUGGAGGGAGAAGUGCUCACGGAGUGCUGCUGGAUCUGCGGUCAGGCACAGGAUCCUAAAAACAGACAGCGACAUCGACACUACCGACACCACCAUACCCGGUGCUUCUCUACGCGCAGGCCCGACCACACACACACACACACACACUCAGACACACAGACACACAGCCCAGGGGCAGUAUCCGGGUGAUGGACGGCGGUGUUUGUGCUGUAAUGCUGCAGCGUGAGGAUGCGACCUGACAGACGGGUGACGGCGGUCCUGCCCACCGGGGGGCGAAAACUUUGGAGCUCGCGGAUCGAGCAGUGAGACACACACACACACACCGAGUAACCGGUUCAGUGAUGAGUUCGGAAAUGACUCGCGGGUUUCAGUGACGGAGCGAGAGAGAAAGAGAGUGUGUGUGUGUGUGUGAGAGAGAGAGAGAGAGAGUGUGUGUGAAGGGAAACUGCGUCGAUUUGCGGUGCGCGCUCGCGCUCUCGGUCCCUGCGCCUCGCGCUCAGCUGCCUCGUCGGUUUUAGAUCGCGUGCAUGUAAACAACUGACAACACACACACACGCACGCACGCACGCACGCGCACGGUUCCGGGGCGGAACGUCUCGUCUCGUUUCGUCUCGCGCGCUGAGAGACAGCGAGAGACGGAUGGGUCCUGCGUGCACGAGCGGCCGGAUUCCCGCACACUGAGGGUGCAGUGCGGUGCGGUGUGUCUGCGCGAGCUCUGAUCUCACACGGUCUGAUCUGAUCUGAUCUUCGGAUUGUAGUUUUUGACACGGGGACGCAUGAUCUGAUUCAGGAGGUAACACCAGCCCUGUGACUUCUUUACCCCACCACACACACACACACACCCCUUCACACCACCACCACCGGGGUAUUUAUUUCUCCGUUAUUUAUCCCGGGACGCAGCUGGAGCUGCCGAUCUGCGAACAUUGCGUAAGUCUGCAGCGUAGGCUGCGCUCUCUCCGCUUCCGUCCUGCCGGGUGACAUUGCAGUCUCUUGGAAAUCCCUUUUACUGGGCUUUUUUUUUUUUUUUUUGGAUGUAAGCUUACUUCCGGGGGGAUUACGUUCCCGAGAGGAGGAGGAGGAGGAAGAGGAUAAAAAAAUAAAAAAUAAAUAAAUAACUCAAUCUUAAACGGUGAAGGUGGAGCGUCGUGCGUCGUACGUGGUGACGCAGUGGGAUUUUUACGCGUGGUCGGCGUUUGGCCCCGCCCUUCCCGCCGUGACGGCGAUGGGUCGGAAGCGGUGUGUCGGUGCAGAUUGUUCGAAGAUGGCGGCCGGCUGCUGCGGGGUGAAGAAGCAGAAGUUGUCGGGAUCCCCCGGCUCAGGGGGUCCCGGCGGGGCGGGCGGCGGGGCAGCCGGGACCGGGCACUGCGGAUCGGACCUGGGGAUCGGGUCCUCGACGUCGACGGUGGUGGCCGGAAGUGUGAGCCGAGUGAACGGCCUCGGGGGUCCGGGGGGCAGCGGGAGCUGUAGCGGGAGCAGCAGUAGUAAUAAUAACAGCAGCGGUGGAGGUGGAGGAGGCUGUGGCGGCGGCAGCACCAACAACACCAACACCGCUCUGUCCCCGGCUCCAGGCGGCUACAGCUCCAGCACCGGCCUCUCCCCGAACCUCAGUCCGGGACCGGGCUCGGCCAGGAAGAUGGUGGUGUCGGCGGAGAUGUGCUGCUUCUGUUUCGACGUGCUUUAUUGCCAUCUGUACGGAUACCAGCCUCCCCGCACUCCCAGGUUUACUAAUGACCCCUACCCGCUGUUUGUCACGUGGAAGAUCGGCCGGGACAAGCGGCUGAGGGGUUGUAUAGGUACAUUUUCUGCCAUGAACCUGCACUCAGGACUCAGGGAGUACACCCUUACCAGUGCCCUUAAAGACAGCCGCUUUCCCCCGAUGACGAGGGAGGAGCUGCCGCGCCUCUUCUGCUCAGUGUCUCUGCUCACCAACUUCGAGGAUGUUGGUGAUUAUCUAGACUGGGAGGUGGGUGUUCACGGCAUUAGGAUAGAAUUUUUCAAUGAAAAAGGAUCAAAGCGCACCGCCACCUAUCUGCCAGAGGUUGCAAGGGAGCAAGGAUGGGACCACAUUCAAACCAUAGAUUCCUUACUGCGAAAGGGAGGAUACAAAGCUCCCAUCACUAACGACUUCAGGAAGACCAUCAAACUGACCAGGUACCGUAGCGAAAAGAUGACGAUGAGCUACGCGGAGUACAUCGGCCAUCGCCAGCACCACCACUACCAGAACGGCAUCGGGCACCCCCUCCCCCCGUACAACCAUUAUUCCUGACAGCGAGCCGCAUGACCAGUCACUGGACCUCUCCGCGGACCUCUUCCCGGGAGAGCCCGCCCCCUCGUGGUCUAGCUAUCUCUACUACUGUACCAUUUUAUGAUGAUAGUUUCCGUUGCCAUGCUAGCACGCCGGUUAUGAUGCUAGCAUGGCAGCGGGUGGCAACGAAGAUCACGAUUAUGACGUGGAAAAAAAAAUUGAAAACAACUCGUUUAUUUUCUCCUUUUUAUCCUUUAUAUUAAUUUAGUUUUUUUGCAGCAUAUAUAUGAAAAAAAAAAAGAAUAUGUAUAUCGACGUAUAACCCCUUUUUUCCCUAUUUUUUAAAAAGCAAAUAAACAAGUACUGCUUUUCUUUUUUGCAAAAAAAAAAAAAAAACUGAAACAAAAAAAAAAAUUUUUUUUUCCAACAAUCCUAAUCAGGUUUUUGAGUCUGUGGAUGGAAAUAAGUCAUAUUCCCGAGGGGCUCGUCUCGCAGAUUGGAGAUUUGUUGAUGUUCGCUUAGCUUUAGUUCCGGCGUACGCUACACGACUGGGUUACGGUUACGCCAUCAUGCUAACAACCGCGACGAUUUCAUGCAAAAAAAAAAGUGGGGCGGGGGGAUUUGUGUCCAGUUUAUAGUUCACAGUCAGUUACUCGCUGCCUCUUUUUUUGUUUUUACUCCGAAGGAAAAAAAAAAGAAAUCCACGCCUUCGGCUUUUCCUUUUACCGAGAUAUGUGGGCGUGGCUAGAACCUAAACUGCUGAUCUGUGCAGAGAAUCUUUUGCAAAUGUGGCAAGGAUUUUUGUUUGCGUUUGUCCACAAAAGAACAACAACUCGAACAUUCGCUAAGACGUCGUCGCGAUGAUGGCAAUAACCGCGGCGUCAGGGUCGUGUAGCAUCUGCUCGGUCGCGCUAUUUGCUUUUAUUUCUUCUUAUUCGUUUUUAUGUACCGCGUGUAGCCACGAAAGGGGGUCGUCUUUUUGUUUCUUUCCUCGCUGCGAUUCUUCUCCAGUCCAGAUUGUUCUUCGUGAGGUGACGUUUGACGUGAAAUCGUGAAUAAUGUCCGUGAGGUCUUUGGGGUUUGUUUUGCUUUCUGAUUGUGAAGUUUAGCCAGACUGGCUUAGCUUAUCGCAGUUAGCGUGUUUCUGUUUUUCCUCUUUCUUUCCUUCUGCUGUGAGGUGUUAGAUGUACGUUGAUGUUCGAAUGAAGAAACUCGUCAGAAGAAACCGCUAGAUUAAGGAGUUACUCAAAAAGUCUGAAUAUUUAGUUCAGUAUCAGACGGACAGUCUUGUUUUUUUUCUCUCCCUUUUUCAUUUUAGAAGAAGCAGCCAGAUGGCGCUGUUGUUCUGACGGUGCUUCGAUCUUGGUUCCCCAUUCUGUUCCUCACAGUGCUUCAGGGUUUGGUGUAAAAGAUGCUGAACAUGAAGCACUUGAGAUUUCUUAGCUCAUUGAGUUAAACGGAAAAAAAAACAGCGCCACCUGAAGUCAGGAGGAGUUGGGGGGUCUCGUUCCACUUUGCUGAGACGCUGAUGAGGUUUUUCAUUUUCAUCAUACGAUAGAGAGGAAAACGAUCAGAGCAGGGACGAGCGGGAAAACAAAAACUAAAAGCCAUAGUCUUCUGAAGGCAUCGCUUACUGGUCAGGGUGUGGCUGUGGGGUUCUCCCAAACUGGGAAUUUCUUUACUGGGAUGUUUUCAGUCGCUGAUGCUUUUAACUGCUUGUUUUGUUGUUUGGUUUAUUUUCGGGGUCUGGGUUGUUCCUAAUCAGGCGAAGUGUUGAUGGAAACGAAACCUCUUCUCAAGACGUUACCUCACACUUUGAGACGUUCACAUCAAUCCAACACACACACACACACACACCACACCUCAUGAUGCUCGGCACAAGCAAUGUUUACAUCCAUUUCUAAGCGCCAUAAAAUCAGGCGCCGCUCGCCGUGACACUCUGGGUCGUUCGCAAAUCCCGGCGUCGAGCCCAGGCGGCCGCCAUCAUGACUCCUGCGUUGCACCGCGGCCUCGCGAGCGUCUCCUCUAGUCUCUCUCUCUCAUGGGGUUCGUCAGGUAUCGGUCACUUUUCUGAGCUUCUCUUCACGGUGGAUGAAGAGCAGCGUUCCACAUAGGUCUUUCACAAACCUGUAGAUGGUAGAGUGUGGUGUUGCAGAAAGACGCAGACUUCUCAAGCAGCUCUGGUUCCGGUCCAGUUCUCCUCCUGGUGUCACAGAACCAGGCGUUUGAGAUUUAAGAAAGUUAAAAAUAUAUAUAUAUUUUUUUCCUUUUAAAAGCUGAGACGCUUUUCCCAGGAGGACUCUCUUUCUCUCUUUGCUUUCAUAUGCAAAAAAAAAACAAAGUGUUAAGGGCUUUCAGUGUUCCAUCCACAGUCAUCUCCAGCUCCAUAAAGUGAAAAACACGAAACUCCUGGAUUCAGUUGUGUUGCCUUAAAACCGGAUCAGUAAAGCGUUUGUCCCAAUCGCUCGGGCUGCUCUCCCACGCCACGGCGAAGCGGCUUUCAUCUCCAGCAAAAAAAACCCACAAAUCUAAAUCUGAACAUUCGUUCGGAUCUCUUCGUCUCAAGUCUCGUUUUAUUUUUCUAAACGCUUUAAGAGAACAUCUGGGUGAACAUCUGGCAGGCGCUGAGCGAUCGGGUCACCGGUUUCUGAUCCAUACUCGAGUACAGCACAAACUGGAUUAGAUUUAUUAAUGUUAUUUUUUUAGAUUUUUUUUUUCUGCUGCAAAAACAAAAAACUGAUUUAUUUUAUUUUUUUGCGUACAUGAACGAAGGUAUUUAUGCACAUCUGCAAUACGUUUGUUGCGCGUAUGUUACAAAGGCCGUGUUGAAUGAAGAGAGAGAGUUAGAGAGAAUAAAAUGGUGCUACUGGACCUCAUUUUUUCUGGGGGGUUAAAGGUCACAGUUUAAUCGUGACUGGUCAUGCGGACUCAUCAGUCAUAUCAGACUUAUUCUUAUCCUCGAGAUAUAUGCAGAUCUGUUUUACAGGUGUUUUUGUUUUUGUCUGUAUUUUGUUUUUGUUUAGUUUUUUUUUUUUUUUUUUUUUUUUUUUUUUGUCGAUCCGACUCGUGUAACAAACUGAACUUUCCUGCAGGUUUGAAAGGACACGGAGUCAGACGUCUGUCCCCAUCCUUCCCUCAUGGCCUCGGGGGAGACACACGGCCAUCCACGUCCCGUCUCGUCUCAUAACAUCUCUGUACAGCAGACGAGCCACGGCAGCGGCGAAUACGCGCGCACACAUUCGCGUGCAAACGUGAUGACUAGUUGCAGUCUGAUCCGAGACGCCUCCGAGUUCCGUUAUGAAACGAUCCUGACUGAACGACUGACCGCAGUCACGCGCGCCCGCGGCACCGAGACACUCCGCUUUCGUUAACGUUUAAACUGUUAUGCUGCUUUUGGCGCCGCCAGCAGGAUUCGUCAAAUACUUGAAGGCAUCGAGCUCGACUGACGAGUCGUCCGAUUCGCAUUGCGACGCAUUAGAGAUUCGAUCUAAACCCCAGACGAAAAGAAAGCGUUACGCCGUGUCGCUCCGCCAGCAUCCGAGACCGAAUACCAUCGUUAAAAGUUUUCAUCGUCACACGUUCAGACGGUGUCCGAUGCUCCGGAUCAGGACGAUUGGACGCGCAGGAAUCCGAUCUCCUGUUCAUCGUCGUGUUCGUUUUUAUUCCUCACUCAGUGUGUGAAGGCUCGCUGCGUUAACGUUGUGUGUUCGACUGAACCAAAGAUGCCUCCAGCCAUGUCCUAAUGCUGCUCUCAGACCUGCCUUCCUGUCCUUCCAAAAGUAAAUGCACCCUGCAAGAAUUCUGUAUUUGUCAUUUUUUAAAAUAUAUAUAUAUUAUAUAUUUUUGUUUUGUACAAUUUCUAACAUUUUAAUUUUUUUUUUUCGUUUCCCUGCAAACUGAGCGGCGUUUGACGUCUCACUCGUUCAGCGGCGAGGACAUGACAUCACGCCGACUCGAACCUUUGUUAGUUUUCAUUGUUGUUAAUAUUAUUAUUUUUUUGUUUUGUU